CUCUUGAGGGAGAUUUCUGCUCUUUGUUAGAGCUACGUAUUAAAAUUUUCGUUAGAAGCCGGUUCGGCACUGGCCGUCUCGUAUAACGUAGUUUUUCACGCUGCCCUGUAGUCUGGAUCAACAAGUAAAAGGGAAAAGAAUCAAUAAUUGCGCCCCCCAGUGUCCAGCUCCUCUGUGACCUCAGCUCACCGCGAAGCCACUGGAAGCUGCGUUCCUUUCAGGUCUUCCCCAGGAGGGCGGGUGGUGUGAUUACGCUCCCUGCGCGCGGAGCACGCCGGGAGUCGUAGUCCGUUUCGUACGGCGUUGCAAAGUCCGGAAGUGGAGGGGUGUGUGCGUGUGUGUAUGUGUGUGUGUGUGUGUGUGUGUGAGAGAGAGAGGACGGGCGGACUUGGGUAGCGGGACUCUACUCCGGGGCGCUUCUCCCAGGCGGGUCAUGAACGGACCAGCGGACGGCGAAGUGGACUACAAAAAGAAAUACAGGAAUCUGAAGCGGAAGCUCAAGUUCCUCAUUUACGAACACGAGUGCUUCCAGGAGGAGCUCAGGAAGGCGCAAAGAAAAUUGCUGAAGGUUUCCCGAGACAAGAGUUUCCUUCUAGAUCGACUUCUGCAGUAUGAGAACGUGGAUGAAGACUCUUCCGAUUCAGAUGCCACUGCGUCUUCAGACAACAGUGAGACCGAAGGGACGCCCAAGUUGUCGGACACACCAGCCCCUAAGAGGAAGAGAAGCCCCCCGAUGGGAGGUGCCCCAUCCCCUUCCAGCCUCUCAUUGCCUCCUUCAUCAGGAUUUCCCCUGCAGACUUCUGGGGCCCCCUCCCCAUACCUGAGCUCGCUGGCUUCUCCCCCUUACCCCCCAUUCCCUUCUGACUACCUGGCCCUGCAGCUGCCUGAGCCCAGCCCCCUGAGGCCCAAGCUGGAGAAACGGCCCCGCCUACCCCGGAAACUCAAGAUGGCGGUGGGCCCCCCUGACUGCCCUGUGGGUGGACCGCUGGCUUUCCCUGCCAGGGGUUCUGGUGCCAGUGUUGGGGCAGCUCUGACCCCCCUGCCUCCUCCCAAGAUGCCUCCACAUACAAUCCUGAGCACCGUCCCUCAGCAGAUGUUCAGCGAUGCCGGCAGCGGAGAUGAUGCCCUAGACGGAGAUGAUGACCUGGUGAUCGACAUCCCGGAGUAGCCACUCAGUGCUACCUGCCAGGCACCCCGCCCAGUGCUCCUCCUGAGCCAGCACACUGAGCCCACUUCCUCAAGAGAUGUUUAUUGAUGCCCAGUUGCCAUGCUUCGGCCACUGACACAAUCAGAAAAGGCGUAAACAUGCACAAAUGUCCCCGAGGAAGGUGGCAGGGGCCCUGCCCUUACACCCACCCCCAUCCUGGGAACAAUUAUUUAAUGAGUGGCCAAAAGGGUCUGCUACAUCUUAGGAAGGUAGAGACCCUUGGUGGCCGCCCCUUUAGAAGAGCAGCUGCGCAGGGCUGGGACAUUUUAAUGAAGGCUCUGUAUUAAAGAGUUGGCUCUUUCUUUCCUUAUCCUUUCCUCUAUUUGGAAAUGUCCUCCUCUAAUCUCCCCUAAUCCCACCCCCUCCUUGUGGGGCAGGGGACCAGGCAGCCUGGAGAGGCCAAGAGAGGAGCUGCAGGAUUGGGUGGGGCACUGGCAGGAGACUCCCACGUAGCCCUGUGCAUGGGGUGGUUGCAUAUUUGCAGGUAAGAGCAAGUCAGGCAGGAGGAAGUUUGCAUAUGUGAAUAUAGCUCUCCACAUCCCUCACAAGAAGAUAGACCCACGGUCACAGAGACUCACAAAAAUAAGACAGGUAGUGUGGGGCAGGGGCGUCCCACCCAUGUAAACGUGCAACACACUCGUGCGAAGGUUGGGUACUGGACCCGGCCGCAGAGGGCCUGUGCUGGGCAGCUGCAGUCUGUUCAGGCCAACGGCAACGCCCCUGCUGCUGGGGGCAGCUCGCUGGUCAGGGUAUGCCAGCGCUCCACUGCUGUGUCCGGCUGAUGUAGACAGUCUCUCCAGUGUUUCUGGGCCUCUCCCCGGGCUCCUGGCCCCAGAGACACACCACCUGAAGAACAGGCAAGGCAGGCCAACCUGUCAGUGCCCACUCUCUUCCACUUCCCUGACACCUGGUGGACUCCUCCACUCACCUAUGAAGUCAUUGGAUUUGCCAAUGUCGUAGUCCCAGACUGUGACUUCCAGGGUCUUGGUAGCCAGAGUGGAGAGUUCCAUCUCAUAAAAGAAUUCCUGAGAACAAGGCAGGAGGUGCUUUCUGAGAGACCUUCUCACAUUGCUCUCCCCAGACCAUCUUGAUUUCUGCUCCCUGCCAUUUUUACCUCAUUAAAUUCCGGGUUCAGCGUCUUCUUCUUUA